GCGGGGGCGCGGCGGCGGGACGCGGCCGGAGUUUUGACGUGGCAGUUGCGGGCCGGGCUGAAGUCCGCGCCGCGAGCCCAGGAGCCCGGGAGCGCGGACCGAGCGGAGCGGAGCGGCGGCAGCGCGGGGCGGCGGCAGGUUCGGUGUGGAGCUGCCUCCUGGACCGUCUUUUCACAAUGAGUCAGCAAGGCUACGUGGCGACGCCCCCCUACUCCCAGUCGCAGUCUGCGAUGGGCCUCUCCCCUCCGCUCUACGGCCACUACGGGGACCCCUCGCACGCAGGGGCUCCACCAGGUGCGAUGAAGCCAGCAGGGCCCAUGGGGGCUGCUCCUGGGGGGGUGCUGCCUCCGGGCCCCCCGCCGCCUGGACCACAUCAGUUUGGCCAGAACGGAGCUCAUGCCCAGGGCCGUCCUCCCCAGAGAUUCCCAGGCCCUCCUCCUGCCAACAGCGCGGCAUCCUCCUAUGCCCCCUAUCCACCCGCGACACAGUCAUCGUAUCCCAGUGCCAUGCCCACUGCAUCUGUCUCCCAGCUGGGCAGCCAGCUCGACACCAUGCACAUCAGCUACGGUUCGGGCACGGCACCCCCUGGCCAGGCACCCUCUGGCCAGGGUGCUCCGCCGCCGCCUCUGCAGCCGUCCAUUCUGCAGCCUGGGUCUCAGGUGCUCCCUCCACCGCCCACCGCACUGAACGGCCUGGGGGCGCCACCCAUGCCUCCGCCCGGCCCGGCGCCUCCGAGUGCCCAGCUGCAGCCCCCGCCGCUUCCAGGACAGACCCUGGGCAGUGGGUACCCCCCGCAGCAAGGCAACUACGGCGCCCAGAUGCCAGGCGCGCAGCUGGCGUACCCGGGAGGCUUCCCCGGAGGGCCUGCGCAGAUGGCGGGCCCGGCCCCGCCCCAGAGGAAGCUGGACCCCGACGCCGUGCCCAGCCCUAUUCAGGUGAUUGAGAGCGACCGAGCCGCCCGAGGGGGACAGGUGUAUGCCACCAGCACCAGAGGCCAGGUCCCGCCCCUGGUCACCACGGACUGCGUGGUGCAAGACCAAGGCAAUGCCAGUCCUCGCUACAUCCGCUGCACCACCUACUGCUUCCCGUGCACAGCAGACAUGGCCAAGCAGACGCAGAUCCCCCUGGCCGCCGUCAUCACGCCCUUUGCCACCGUGCCUGCCAACGAGACGCCCCUCUACUUGGUGGACCACGGCGAGGCGGGGCCCGUGCGCUGCAACCGCUGCAAAGCCUACAUGUGCCCCUUCAUGCAGUUCACCGAGGGCGGCCGGCGCUUCCAGUGCGGCUUCUGCAGCUGCGUCAACGAAGUCCCGCCGUCCUACUUCCAGCACCUGGACCACAUGGGCCGCCGGCUGGACCACGGCGAGAGGCCGGAGCUGUCCCUGGGCUCCUACGAGUAUGUGGCCACUCUGGACUACUGCAGGAAGAACAAGCCGCCCAGCCCUCCCGCCUUCAUCUUCAUGAUUGACGUGUCCUACAGCAACAUCCGCAGCGGGCUGGUGCGGCUCAUCUGCGAGGAGCUGAAGGCCGUGCUGGAGCGGCUGCCCAGGGAAGAGCCGGAGGCGCCGUCUGCCGUCCGCGUGGGCUUCGUCACCUACAACAAGGUGCUGCACUUCUUCAACGUCAAGAGCAACCUGGCGCAGCCGCAGAUGAUGGUGGUGACCGACGUGGCUGAGGUCUUCGUGCCCUUGCUGGACGGUUUUUUGGUCAACUACCACGAGUCCCAGGCCGUGAUCCACAAUCUGCUGGACCAGAUCCCCGAGAUGUUCGCCAACUCCACCGAGAACGAGACCGUCUUCGCGCCCGUCAUCCAGGCCGGCAUGGAGGCCCUGAAGGCCGCCGAGUGCCCCGGGAAGCUGCUCGUCUUCCACGCCUCCCUGCCCACGGCCGAGGCCCCCGGCAAGCUGCGGAACCGGGACGACAGGAAGCUGAUCAACACGGACAAGGAGAAGGUCCUCUUCCAACCCCAGAGCGGGGUCUACGAGGCGCUGGCCCGGGACUGCGUGGCCCACGGCUGCUGCGUGACGCUCUUCCUCUUCCCCAGCCAGUACGUGGACGUGGCCUCCUUGGGGCUCGUGCCGCAGCUCACGGGAGGGACCCUUUACAAGUACAACAACUUCCAGCUGCACGCGGACAGCCAGCAGUUCCUCACCGACCUCUGCAACGACGUGGAGAAGAAGAUCGGCUUCGACGCCAUCAUGCGGGUCCGCACGAGCACAGGUUUCCGGGCCACUGACUUCUUUGGAGGGAUCGUCAUGAACAAUACGACCGACGUGGAGAUGGCGGCCAUCGACUGCGACAAGGCGGUGACCGUGGAGUUCAAGCACGACGACAAGCUGGGCGAAGACAGCGGGGCCUUGAUCCAGUGCGCCGUGCUCUACACCACCAUCGGGGGGCAGCGGAGGCUGCGCAUCCACAACCUGGCCCUGAGCUGCAGCGCGCAGCUGGCCGACGUCUACAAGAGCUGCGAGACGGACGCCCUGGUCAACUUCUUCGCCAAGUCUGCUUUCAAGGCGGUUCUGCACCAGCCCCUGAAGCUCAUCCGGGAGAUCCUGGUCAACCAGACCUCGCACAUGCUGGCCUGCUACCGCAAGCACUGCGCCAGCCCGUCCGCCGCCAGCCAGCUCAUCCUGCCGGACUCCAUGAAGGUGCUGCCGGUGUACGUGAACUCCCUGCUCAAGAGCUGCGUGCUGCUCGGCCGGCCCGACACCCCCACGGACGAGCGGGCAUUCCAGCAGCAGCUGGUCAUGACCAUGGGCGUGGCUGACUCGCAGCUCUUCUUCUACCCGCAGCUCCUGCCCAUCCACACGGCGGCCGCCCAGAGCCCCAGCCCCGCGGUGCCUGCCGCCGUCCGCUGCUCGGAGGCCCGUCUCUCCGAAGAGGGCGUGUUCCUGCUGGCGGACGGGCUGCGCCUGUUCCUGUGGCUGGGCGCCAGCUGCCCGCCCGAGCUCAUCCAGGGGCUGUUCAGCGUGCCGUCCCUGGCGCACGUCAGCGCGGACUUGACGGUGCUGCCCGAGGUGGGGAGCCCGCACUCGCAGGCGCUCCGGGCCGUCGUGGGUGCGCUCCAGCGGAGGAGGCCGCACUCCAUGAAGCUGGUGAUCGUGAAGCAGCGGGAGCAGCCGGAGAUGGCGUUCCGGCAGCUGCUGGUGGAGGACAAGGGGCUGGACGGGGCGCCGUCCUACAUGGACUUCCUGUGCUGCCUGCACAAGGCCGUCUGCCAGCUGCUCAACUGAGGCCGGCGCUGGCCCGCGCCUCCGCCGACUCCCCGCGGUUUCGGGCGCCCUGAGUCGGCGCGGUGCUCAGCGGGGAGCGAGGAGGCCGCUCGCCCCCGAGGACCGUCUGCCCGGCCGCCCGCCGCGGGCCCGCGCCACGGCCGCUGUCACCGGGCUGCCCACACCCGCUCCCUCUGCUGCACACAUAAAUUAUUUUCCACGUGUACAGAUUGGGGUAAAACUUGUCCUGGCUCCUCUCCCAUUUGUAACAAGGGGGAAAACUUAAUUUUUACAUUAUAUUUUUUAGAAUCAUGUAACCCCACUGAACACAUUUUUCAACUUGAGGUUUGCAUAGCAGACUUUUAAUGACCUUGGGAUCUAUUAGAACCACCUGUGUUCUUCAUUUUUUCAAGAUUACGUAUCGUAUACGGUACCACCGUCCCCGCGUCUGUUCUGCACAGGCGUCCGCAGUCCUCGUGGGUCCCGUGCGGUGCUGAGCGCCUCUGAGCAGCGGUGACUCAGCCAGGCCUGUGCCCUGCUCGGCAGAGGCCCCCGUAGGGGCUCGGGGGCCGCGGGCCAGGCAGUGCACGUGUGCGGGGGCCGCUCCCGCACCGCCUGCGUCUGGAAGAGCCCAGUGACAGACAGAAUCGCUAGGAAUCAAUGUUCAUUUGUUUACUGUCUGGUCAGAUGGAAACAUGUUUCUCCAUUCCUGAAGCAAUAAAGAGCAAAGGAAGCAUUUAGAUGGUGUGUCUGAAGGCGGAAAGAUAAUCUGGACCGGAACUUGUGCCCAAGAGGAGGCACUGCGGCUGCCGUGUCUGAACCCGCCCCCAAAGCGGGUGGGAGAAAAGGCAGUGCUUGGGGAGAGCUGGCACCUGCACUUGGGUUGCUGCAAACACAGGCGGGGAUGCUGGCUAGGCUGACACCGGACACGAGAGGCUGGGAUCCCCAGCGCCACCUCCAGGGCGCUCGGCCCGCUGAAGGCAGGCUGAGCAGCCAUGCAGACCAGCUGUGCUAGAAGGUUCUACCAGCCGCGUCUCCUGUGUGUGCGGAGCCCACAGGUGAGUCUACCUCCACUCGAUGGCAGCUUCAGAUGGUUCAGAGGACACCACCGCCGUGGCGUCUUGUCUGGCCGGGAAUGCCGGCCCGAAGCGUGUCCUCGGCACGCUCCCAGCGCCCGCGCCCACGCCGAGCACACCGGCCCCGGGUCAGUCACAGGAAACGGCGAUGUGGGGGAGAGCCGAGCCCAGGCCCUGUCCUUGCAGCGCGGCUGCAGGGUGAGCUGCACAGGUUUCUCUUGACAAUAUUUUUGAAGGUGUUACCAGUUUAGCCACCAAUAUAAAACUUUUACAAAUAAGAAUUUUCCAUUGUAAUACCUUUUAUAGACUAAGGCUUUAGUUUAUUAAGCCAGUCUUUUUUAUGUAAUUUUUCAAAUCUUGGUAUUCUUUGGGCCAUGAAAAGCUUUCUU